GGGCUGAGGUGUGAGAAUGAUGUGUUUGUAGGCCCAUAUCAGAUCACAUUGAUCUUCUGCGUGCGCGUGUUCUUCCUUCUUGAGCCAUGGCGGGAGUCAACAGUGAACAAGGAAAUCAACAACGAAGAAGAUGACGAUUACAUGGCUGACCUUUCUCGCUUUCUUCCUACCGAUUCUAUUAUUCAUCCUCCAAAUCCAAAAUCUUCUUCAAAAAGGGUAAUUUAUUUUCUUCAUUUCCCGUUUUCAAAAUUCACCUUAGGUUUUCAUUUUCAGUAGAAAUCUAUGAUUGAUGCAUGUAUCAAUAUCAUGACUCCGUUUUGUUUAUCAAUCCCUUUCCAAAUUAUAAUCCUGAUUACAACUGAUUCAAUGAUACCAGCAACCUAUCCAGCACAUACACUGUAAUAAUUUGAGAAAAUACUAGUAAUUGAAUGUAACCUAGGUCUUGUGUCUCGGUACAUGUCGAACACUGUACAUGCCAUCGACAUGAUGCUUUGCCGCCUAUGAAGCACGGACACUCCUUGGGAUUAGGUGUGUCCAAAAACAAUUUUUGUUUUAUUAAACCCUAAUAAAUCCUUGUCACCUCAGCCACCUCAGCGCCAAAAACAAACCACCAUGGAAACAAACACUUUGUCCCAGUCGCAUCUCAACAUGGAUAGAAUCAGCGCAAUUGUUGAUCGUCUAACUUGGCACUUUCAACAAGGCAACCGAAGUGAUUCUGUAGAAUUUACCAAACUAUGCAUCUCCCUAUCUCGAGGGAUUGAUUUUGCAAUUGCCAAUGGCAAAACUCCGCCCCCGAAAGCUAAUAAACUGCCUUUCUUGAUAAAACAGAUGAACUAUCAAAGAAAGACUGAUGAUUUAGCAUCAUCACUAGCAUGUGUGAUGGUUUUGUGUAUAUCUGUUAAGAAUGCGUGUAAAUUUGGAUGGUUCAAUAAGAAAGAGUCGGAAGAAGUUUUAACUAUUGUUGACGAGAUAGGAAAGAUGUAUUGCACCAUGGGGAAUUUACAUACCGGAUUUAGGUUUUCGUGCAAUUCUACAUUAUUAAGUGGAAUAAUGAAAAGGUUCUAUCCAAAUAUGAAAUUGGGUCCAAUAAUUGUGUCAAAUCAAGUCAACCCUGGAUACGGAGCUUCUAUUGUUGAUUUCAAUAUAACGAAGAAUACUUUUCAACCGGGUAAAAAAAUUUGGUUAUUGGUGGCGCAAACCGAUAACAUUGAGACAUCUGCGUGCCUGAUCAGCCCUCGGGAAGUUAAUUUUCUAGUGAAUGGACAAGCAAUUGACAAGAGGUCUAUGUGUCGAAUGGACCAUGGACCACAAAUGCCAACUUGUUUGAAUAGUAUACUUAAAUUUGGGACAAACCUUGUACAAGCUGUCGGUCAGUUCAAUGGUCAUUAUGUUGUACUUGUUGCGUAUAUGAGUUAUAAUGUUGUUGCAUCCUUGCGGCCUGAGCAUCUACCGGAUUAUGUUCAGCCUGUUGGCGGAUAUUCAGAUUCAGAUAUUGUUGAGGGGGAAUCGCGAAUCUCACUUAACUGUCCGAUAAGCUUUACACGUAUCAAGACGCCUGUUAAAGGGUGUUCGUGUAAACACUUCCAGUGCUUUGACUUUGACAACUUCGUUGAAAUAAAUUGUAAGAGGCCAUCCUGGCGCUGCCCACAUUGUAAUCAGUAUGUCUGUUAUACAGACAUUCGUCUUGACAGAAACAUGAUUGAGAUACUCGAAAAAGUUGGUGACAACAUUAAGGAAGUCAUUGUCCAUGCUGAUGGAUCAUUGAAGGAGGAAGUCUUGAUGGAAAGUGGUCAUAAAGCCCACAAUUAUGAAAAGGAACAAGAUGAAUAUUCUACUUACUCCCCUGAUAAUGUCGUAGACACUUGUGAAACUGAAGAUAGAAAGCCUUUUCAGGUUUCUUUUCCUACCAAAGCCGAUUUCAGGGCUGGUGUCAACAUUCCUGUUCUAGCUGAUCCUGCAUUUUUAAAUCUUAAAGCUGAGGGGCAUAACCAGUUUCUGGCACCGAAACAUAUUCAUAGGACUCCGGCAGUUAUUCAGGCUCUCCCGGACAACUCAGUAACUAAUUUUGAUUCCUUGAUAACCACUUCUGCAGCCUCUGUAUAUCCUCACAAUGCCAUACUGAGUGAUGCAGAAAGACAACAACUAUUUUCUCGAUUACCACUGAAUAUUCCUCGGGUCUCAGCAGUAGCAACACAGGUGGACACUAAAUCCUAAUAUGCUAUGUUUGGAACUGGAAGCAAAAUCUUAUGCUAAGCUUAGAAGUACUAACUGUUAAAAGUCAGUGUGUUUUUACUAUUUCUUAACUUUACAUCAUCCUAGGUUAUUUGUUAGUACUUCUAGACCUAGUCAUUAGAACUUCCUAGACAUUUAAUGUAAUUAUUGCAGCAUCACUAUAAAUAGAUGGUGUGUGAUCUUCUAGACACACAGAGUUUUACAUAUUUUAAAUUAACAAGAAUCUAUAUUAGAAAUAUGAUAUGCUUGAAGGGAAUGCUUGUCAAGGGGAGAAUUUGUGAAUUUUAAAGAGAUAUGUUCUGUUAUCAGCUUUUCAAAGUGAACUUGAAAGAAAACUUGUAUUCUUUCUGUCAUGAAUAAUAAUGUUUUGUAGUUUUUAUCAGUGUGUAUAUUAUUGAUUGUCUUUUCUGGGACUUAUUGAAGUGAUGUUCUAAGGCAUAAAAAUACAUUUUAUGACAAAAUGAAAAGAAUUCACUAUGUG